GAGGCUGAGCUGACAGAGGCAGCAGCACACCGAUCACUCAUCACUUCCUGACCAAUACCCACUGAUCAGCCUGCAGCAGCCAUGGAAUUCUUCAAAAAGGCCGUCGGAGACAACCCAGAGCUCGCCAAAGUUGCCGGGCAGAAAGCGGGUGAGUUUGUGGAGCAAAAGGUGCAGGAGGUCAUUGGUGGAAAGGGAAACGAGGAGCAGCAGAAGCCGCCGCAGCAGAAGCCGCCGCAGCAGCAGAAGCCGCCGCAGCAGCAGCAGCAGCAGCAGCAGCAGCAGAAGAAAGAAGCUGAAGGAUGUUUUGGUGUGGAUGACGUACUGACAGCUGAUGGUGUGAAGAACAUCGCCGGCGGACUGUUCAAGUAGGAGCCUGGAGGAUGGAGCCUCCAUCGCCCGCCUCUGCCUCAGACGUUUCUGAGCUCUCCUUCUCGUUUCAUCUUUCUUCCGGUUUUAAACCCAGUAAGCCUCCUAGCGUCUUACUGGGAACUUUAACUGGUUUAAUAAAUUCUACAUAUUUGACAUUUACUGGUUUGUUGUUUUCUGGAACAAAUAAACUGUCAAAUUAAAUAUAUUCAUGCAUAAAACUGA